GAUUGAUGUAACUUCUGGGAAAAAAUUGAGAAAGCAAAUGGACAUGCUUUUGAGGGGAUAGGAUUUUGUAGUUUCUACUUUCUGGUUUCUAGUUUCACUUUCUAGACGUUCUCCCUGUUUCUCAUUUUCCCAAGCUAUAAAUUUCGUAAAUUUCGAAAGCUCAGUGAAAUCCUGCGGCGAUUCAUGAAACCCAAUGAAUCAAAUCAAAUGAAUCCCUGCAAAUCCAACAGUGACGCUGCAACCCAGAAAACCACGUUGUCCUUUCCUCCCCUGCCUUCUCUUUACCACGGUGUCCAUUCAAUUUUACUGUUUACUGUGCCUUUCGCAUGUUGCGAAUCUGCCACUGCACUUGAAUAGCACAGAGCACCGCAAAAAACGCAGACCCAGAAGUAGAAACCCUAAAACCCAUCACCUCUUCUUCUUAUUCUCCUUCAAUGGGCACCGCCAGCCCACCACCUCCUCCUGCCGAAGAUGCUUGGGUUAAUACUUACCAAAACUUGCUUCCUCAGUGGCAAUCCUUCGCCUCUUCCCACCGUUCAAUAAUUCCAAUCUCAAUUUCUAGAGUUAAUCAGUUUGAUGCCGCAAGAUUGGACAUUGAAAUGUCUGCCAUGUUGAAAGAACAGUUGGUUAAGGUUUUCUCUUUGAUGAAGCCAGGAUUGUUAUUUCAAUAUGAACCUGAACUUGAUGCUUUCCUUGAGUUCCUCAUUUGGCGUUUCUCAAUAUGGGUGGACAAACCUACUCCAGGAAAUGCCCUUAUGAAUCUGCGUUACAGGGAUGAGCGAGCUGUGGAAACUGGAGGAAAAGUGAGGACAGGUUUGGAAGGACCCGGACUAACUAUUGCUCAGAAGAUUUGGUAUUGUUUUGGCACUGUUGGCGGGCAGUAUAUCUGGGCUCGUUUGCAGUCUUUCUCUGCUUUUCGUAGAUGGGGUGAUUCAGAGCAGAGCUCAUUGGCGCGCCGAGCAUGGAUCUUGAUACAGCGUCUAGAAGGGUUGUAUAAAGCAGCUUCAUUUACCAACCUGGUGAUAUUUCUGCAUACGGGAAUGUAUAGGAAUCUUAUUGAGAGAGCUCUAAGAGCAAGGCUUGUUUAUGGAAGCCCUAACAUGAACCGUGCUGUUAGCUUUGAGUACAUGAAUCGCCAGCUAGUGUGGAAUGAAUUCUCGGAGAUGCUAUUAUUGCUCCUACCUCUUCUUAACUCAUCAUCAAUUAAAAAUUUGCUGCGCCCCUUCUCAAAAGAUAAGUCUUCUAGUUCUACAGAAGAUGACAAUGGUUGCCCCAUUUGCGGGGCAAGUCCAACCAUACCAUUUGCUGCUCUCCCGUGCCAGCACAGGUACUGUUACUACUGCCUUAGGACGCGUUGUGCUGCAGCACCAUCUUUCCGGUGUUCCAGAUGCAGUGAGCCUGUUGUUGCCAUGCAGCGGCACACUGAUUUAGUCAGCCAUACAACUCCCAAACAUUGACCUGCGGAAAGGAAAUCAGAAGAAAAGCAUAGUGACAUUACAUUUAUUGUAUUUGUAAAAAAAAAAAAAAAAAUGAUAGGUGGAAAAAAGAAGAAAAGUUUGAAAGUGCAUCACAAUUGAUUAAAGGAUCAAGAUUCCUUGUAAAAGCAUUUGCUCCCCUUUGUUGUGUUGAGGGGAUCUUUAAUUCAUUCUUUGGCUGCUUCCUCCCA